AUGCUACCUCCACCAGGGCGCGGGCAUGCUACCUCCACCAGGGCGCGGGCAUGCUACCUCCACCAGGGCGCGGCCAUGCUACCUCCACCAGGGCGCGGCCAUGCUACCUCCACCAGGGCGCGGCCAUGCUACCUCCACCAGGGCGCGGCCAUGCUACCUCCACCAGGGCGCGGGCAUGCUACCUCCACCAGGGCGCGGGCAUGCUACCUCCACCAGGGCGCGGGCAUGCUACCUCCACCAGGGCGCGGGCAUGCUACCUCCACCAGGGCGCGGGCAUGCUACUUCCACCAGGGCGCGGGCAUGCUACCUCCACCAGGGCGCGGGCAUGCUACCUCCACCAGGGCGCGGGCAUGCUACUUCCACCAGGGCGCGGGCAUGCUACCUCCACCAGGGCGCGGGCAUGCUACCUCCACCAGGGCGCGGGCAUGCUACUUCCACCAGGGCGCGGGCAUGCUACCUCCACCAGGGCGCGGGCAUGCUACCUCCACCAGGGCGCGGCCAUGCUACCUCCACCAGGGCGCGGGCAUGCUACCUCCACCAGGGCGCGGGCAUGCUACCUCCACCAGGGCGCGGGCAUGCUACCUCCACCAGGGCGCGGGCAUGCUACCUCCACCAGGGCGCGGCCAUGCUACCUCCACCAGGGCGCGGGCAUGCUACCUCCACCAGGGCGCGGCCAUGCUACCUCCACCAGGGCGCGGGCAUGCUACCUCCACCAGGGCGCGGGGAUGCUACCUCCACCAGGGCGCGGGGAUGCUACCUCCACCAGGGCGCGGGCAUGCUACCUCCACCAGGGCGCGGGCAUGCUACCUCCACCAGGGCGCGGGCAUGCUACCUCCACCAGGGCGCGGGCAUGCUACCUCCACCAGGGCGCGGGCAUGCUACCUCCACCAGGGCGCGGGCAUGCUACCUCCACCAGGGCGCGGGCAUGCUACCUCCACCAGGGCGCGGGCAUGCUACCUCCACCAGGGCGCGGGCAUGCUACCUCCACCAGGGCGCGGACAUGCUACCUCCACCAGGGCGCGGGCAUGCUACCUCCACCAGGGCGCAGGCAUGCUACCUCCACCAGGGCGCGGGCAUGCUACCUCCACCAGGGCGUGGGCAUGCUACCUCCACCAGGGCGCGGACAUGCUACCUCCACCAGGGCGCGGGCAUGCUACCUCCACCAGGGCGCAGGCAUGCUACCUCCACCAGGGCGCGGGCAUGCUACCUCCACCAGGGCGCGGGCAUGCUACCUCCACCAGGGCGCGGGCAUGCUACCUCCACCAGGGCGCGGGCAUGCUACCUCCACCAGGGCGCGGGCAUGCUACCUCCACCAUGGUGGUGACAAUGUUCGCCGGCUACAAGUAG